AUGAAAUCAUCAUCUCUCAUAUCGAUUAAUGAUGAUCUCAUCCUCGAGAUAUUGUCGAGACUGCGUUCAAAGUCAGUGGCUAAGUUUCGUUGCGUGUCGAAGCUAUGGGCAUCGAUGUUGUGUAGUCCAUAUUUCAAGGAGUUGUUCUUGACAAGAUCCUUGGCUAAGCCGCGUCUCUUAUUGGCCAUAGUAGAAAAGGGUGUGUGGCGCUUCUUCUCUUUGCCUCAGCUUCUGAAUCCAUACGAGAAGUCUUCAAAUCUUGUUGCAGGCGCCGAGUUUCAUUUGAAGUUCCCUAGGUUGAUCUAUCAUAUUCGUAACCUACGAUAUUUUCAACAUGGCUACAACUCUGGUUUGGUCUAUUUUUAUGGUAGUCGUUACGACAAUAAAUGUGUGAUAUGCAACCCUAACACAGGAGGGUAUACACUCUUACCUCAUCUGAAACGUUACCGAAAGACGUAUAGCUUUUUCGUGUUUGAUCCGAUUGACAAGCAAUUCAAGGUAUUGUUCAUGGCUUACUUAUCUGGUUGUGAUCGCAAUCAUAAGAUUCUUACGGUAGGAACUGGAGAUAUGAAGUGGAGAACGAUAAAAUGUCCCUUACGAUAUGAAGUCGCGAGUGAAGGUGUAUGCAUCAAUGGGGUUUUGUAUUACUUGGCUGAAACGUCUGCUUGGGAUAAUGAUGAUUAUGCUUUAAAAUUUGAUUAUAGUAUAGUUUGCUUUGAUGUUAGGUCUGAAAAAUUCACCUUUUUCGAGGUAGAAAGGUUUUGUCGAUUGAUAAACUAUAAGGGCAAAUUAGGUGUGGUUUAUUUCGAAGAUGAUGUCGACACUCUUUCAUUUGGUUAUAGAAGAUUACAUCAUGUCGAGGCUGAUGCCAUUAAUAGGUUGCAUGUGUGGGUUUUAGAGGAUAUGGAGAUACAGGAAUGGUUGAAAUAUGCCUACACUUGGACUGAUGAUAUAUUCUUCCGUCGUCGUCAAGUUUAUAUCGCGGGAGCUACUGCUUCGGGUGAAAUAGUGUUUUCGAUGAGCGAGUAUACACCUAAAGAACCGUUUUAUGUUUUCUACUUCAAUCCCGAAAGGGAGACCCUCCAACGUGUUGAGAUCCAAGGUUUUGGUGAAGACGUUUGUAGUGUAUACACCUAUGUAAACCAUGUGGAAGAUAUUAGUGUUAACGAUUUAGAGCUGCUCAAGUCAGUCCAUCCUCCAUUGGUGGAGCCAGAAGUUGAAGAAGAGUCAGAUUCAGAAGAAGAAGAAGAAUCAGAAUGA